AUAGACGUGUGUUGUGUAGACGGUCCGCUUUUCUGCACGGUCGGUAUCUCGAGCGCACACAGCGCGAAGGGGCGGAGAGUAGGCUGCUCGCAGAAACAGACACAUGCAGUACACGGAGCGGACCAGCGGCAGCAGCGCGGAAACAGUGGUAGCUAUGUCAGAUGAAAUGAGUGUCGCCCUGCUCCCAAAUGCGGACGCCCCUGAUGCCCCUCCACUCAUGGCUCCUGGCCGACCCACAGUGGCCAUACUGGGGUCUGGUGACUUUUCACGUUCUCUGGCUGUGCGGUUGGUGGCGUGUGGUGUCAGCGUGGUGGUGGGGAGUCGCUGUGUGAAGCGCAUUGCUCCUGGGCUUUUUCCUGAUGCUGUGGAACUGAAGGACCAAGAAGGAGCAGUAGCAAGAGCUGAUCGGCUGGUCUUUCUGGCUCUGUUCCCUGAGCACUACCCCUCUCUGCUGGGCCUGAGGGCUUCACUAGCUGGGAAAGUCCUUGUAGAUGUGAGCAAUGCCGUGAAGCUGGGCAGAAGCAGGCUAUCUAAUGCGGAGCAGCUGGCUGAGAUGUUCCCAGAGAGUGUGGUGGUUAAAGGGUUUAAUGUGAUCUCCGCCUGGACACUGCAGACCGGUGCACAAGACGGCAACAGACAGGUGCUGCUGUGCAGUGACAGUGUGGAGGGAAAGAACGAAGUGGCCCAACUCGCCCGCCGUAUGGGCUUCCACCCAGUGGAUCUAGGGGGCCUGCGUUUUGCCCAAGACCUUGAAAGUGUGCCCCUGGGUCUCUUCCCAUUGUGGCGUGGACCUGUUCUCACUACCUUCCUUCUCUUCCUCUUCUUCUACGGCUAUGGGUUUAUUCGAGGCAUCUUGCUCCCAUACCUGGCCAACGGACGCAAUGCCUUCUACCGCCUUGCCUUUGACCUAGUGAAUGAGAGCCUGCCAGCUGUGGCUCUGGUCACCCUAGCACUGGUGUAUUUGCCAGGUCUGUUUGCAGCUUGGCUUCAGCUGUGGAGGGGCACCAAGUACCAGCGCUUCCCCUGCUGGCUGGAGGGCUGGCUCCUGCGGAGAAAACAGCUGGGCCUGCUGAGUUUCCUCUGUGCUGCUCUGCACGGAGUGUACAGCCUCUGCCUCCCGCUGCGCACUGCUGCACAGUACAGACUCAUCAAUGCUGCAUAUACACAGGUGAAGGCAGGUGUAGAGGAACCGUGGGAUGAAUUAGGUGUGUGGCGCUCUGACCUCUACCUGUCAUUUGGAGUGCUGGGUCUGAGUGUCCUCUCCCUGUUAGCUGUCACUUCUCUCCCUGCAGUGGGGAACAUCCUUACCUGGAGAGAAUUCACCUUUGUUCAGUCCGGACUGGGUUAUGUUGCUCUGACACUCUCUGUCACGCAUACACUGGUGUUUGGCUGGAACUUCGCCUUCUCUGCCCAGGCAUAUGCCUUCUACAUGCCGCCCAGCUACAUGCUAGCUGUAGCUCUGCCAUGUGCCGUGCUAGUGUGCCGCUGUUUCUUGCUGCUGCCGUGUAUCUCUGGCAGGCUGGCACGCAUACGACGGGGCUGGGAGAGCAAACGCAAGUGCCCUGUCUCGCAGCACCACCAUGUGGUGGCUAACAGUACAUGUCCAGAAGUGUAAGAAAGCAGGUCAGGUCAGACUGAGGGAGCUUUCCUGAUCCAGUGUUACCCAUGUUUGUUACUUGGUAUGAAUACAUCCUUUAUAUAAGGACAGUAUCACUCCUAUUUCCAAAGCUUAAUGUUAAGAUUCAUAGGACUUUGUAGCUCAAGUUGUUUAUUUAUUUUGUCACACAAGGGCUAUUGAGCAGUCUUGCUCUUUUAAACACUGGCAUACUGGAUGGAUGAGUUGAAGAGUAGGGCUAAGUAUUAUGCAGAAUUUUUCAACACUGAUACUUUGACACCUGACUGGUAUUUUUUUUUCCAAGAACUUUAUUAUGAAUAAAAAACAUAUAUUAAACAUUACAUUUCUCUAAAUAGUAUUACAAAAAGAAA